AUGGAAGACAAAUAUACAUCUAAACUGGCUCCCGCCGUCGACUUUGGAGCAGGGACGUUCCUAGUUGUAAUAGCAAUUCUGUCUGUCCUGGGAAACGCCGCGGUGUUGGUCACGUCUGUCCGCCGCCAGACCCUCCUCAAGGCCCCAGAACUGCUGACGGUGAACCUUGCGGUUACGGACAUCGGCAUGGCCCUCAGCAUGUACCCUCUGUCCAUCGCCUCUGCUUUCAACCAUGCAUGGAUCGGAGGGGAUACUUCCUGCCUCUACUAUGGUCUGAUGGGAAUGAUCUUCAGUGUGGCCAGCAUCAUGACUCUGGCUGUCAUGGGCUUGAUCAGGUACCUGGUGACAGGAAGUACACCCCAAACAGGUAACAAGUUCCAACGACGGACCAUCACCGUGGUGAUCGGUGUGAUCUGGCUGUACGCGGCCCUAUGGGCUGUGUUCCCUCUGUUGGGCUGGGGUGGAUAUGGGCCAGAGCCGUUUGGACUGGCCUGUUCUGUGGACUGGGCUGGUUACCAGCAGUCUGUGAACCGCUCCUCCUUCAUCAUGUCGCUGGCCGUGCUGUGCACCUUCAUCCCCUUUCUGGUCAUCCUCUUCUCCUACUCCGGGAUCGCGUGGAAGCUUCACAAGGCGUACCAAGCCAUUCAGAACAGCAACCUGAACUACGGCAACAUAGAGAAGAAGGUCACUCUGAUGGCCUUGUUGAUCAGCUCGGGGUUCAUAGUAGCCUGGGCCCCCUAUGUGACCGUCAGCCUGUGGAGUAUAUUCCACACACCAGGAAGUAACAGCGUGACGCCCAUAGUGAGCCUGCUACCCUGCCUCUUUGCCAAAUUCUCCACGGCGUACAAUCCUUUCAUCUACUACAUCUUCCGGCGUUCCUUCAGGCGGGAGGUCCAUCAGCUCCGCGGGCUGCUGUGCCCCUGCUCUCCCCGACACGCUCAUGGAGCGAGGGACAAGCACCUACCGGGGAACAACCCGGACCGACGCAGAAACAUCCGGAAGGACACAACCAUCACCUCCCUAGUCGGGGAGACGAGAACCUCAAACAUGGAGAGACAAUCUGAGAAUGAAAUGAUGAGCGCGUUUUAG